GCAGAGGGAGGGAGCUGCUGCUGCUGCUGCUGCUGCUGCUCCUACUGCUGCUGUUUCUGCUGCUCGGUGCUGAGAGAAAGAAAGACCAGCAACACAGCGAAACACAAGGCAAGGCUGCUAGCUGAGAGAGGGCAGCAUGGCGGGGCUACAGGAUUUCCAACAAGGCAGCCACUGCCACAGGAAAACGUGGAUCAAUAUACUACUAGGAAUACUACAAUUGCUUUUACCUUGCGUACAGCACGGAGGGGCACAGCUGCAAGCUCUGAGUCAGAUGUCCACCAGCGUGGUCGAGGUCUGGCAACCAGAGGAUGCGGAUCCACUAGUCCCACUUCAGGUGGAGAAGGAGCGACGAAAAGAUGGUCUUCCAAUUGAAGACAGCUCCUCUCUAUAUACACGGGAGAAUGGGAGGCCCUUGCAUUUUCAGCCCCCAGCGUUGGAGUUUGGGACGCAGCCGCUGGGGCUGGCAAGAGCUGAAACCAUAUAUAUACAAAACCCAAGCCAGGAAGUUCCUGUGACACUGCUGUCAAUGUUUACAUCCAGCAGGCAUUUUUACGUACCCUUCUUUCACAGAAGAGUGAUCCCACCCAGAGGGAAGGCAUCUUUUAAACUAAUUUUCCUCCCGUCUGAGGAGGGCAAUGUAGAAAACACAUUAUUUAUAAACACAUCGGCCCAUGGGCUGCUCUCAUACCAGGUAUUUGGUGUGGGAGUUCACCAGGGUUCAUUAAAGUCUGUCCAAAGAAAAGACAGCCUGUUAAUAUUCCCUCACAUCCAGAGCAUUAAGCUGACCCAAACUCAGGAAGAUGCUUCUAACAUCACCAUACUGGGUCUACUCCUUGAGUGCAGCUUACCCAAGAGUUUGUUCAACAAUCUUCAGGGCUCCUGCCUACAGAGUGAGGAGCGCCUCAGUCUGCAGAUUAACUUGUCUGCGCGUGGCGACCGGCCCGCUGACCUGGACAAACUCAAACCUUACGUCAUCGAGCACAUUUUGGUGCUGCUGAUGGCCCCCGCUGCCAGACUGGCUGCAGUAGGGGAACCAAGGCUCGGAGUUUAUAUGUUGAAUUCUGGAGGCAAGAAGCUCUACAUAAAGGACAUGCAGGUGUUAUCAAAAGUCGAGGCCAGUCUGGAAUUUAAUCAAGUUCUUCUGAGACCGGAAGCGAAAAAUUUCACUCAAGUGGCUACACUCGCCUGCAGAGGUUCAUUGCCAGGCCAAGGAAGGAAAUGCACGAGUCAUAUCAGUUUAAAACUUCUGGGGAACCAGACGACAUUCAACUUCCCUGGACUAAAUAUCACACACAGACGGACUGUGGGGGAUUUGUUCAGUCUGGUUCAGCUGAAACAAAGAGAUCCAGACACUGUGGAUCUGUGGCUGACAAACUCCCUCCUGCCUCUCACUGUGCUGAAUGUCAGCCUCUCACAGAAGCUGCAGGGAGUAAUGAAGGUGGUGAACUUCAGCGCUCCACAGAGGGUUCCUCAGGGCUGCUGGCAUAUUCUGACCCUCCAGCUGCUCAGCAAGUCCCUUCCUCUCAACCAGCUGUCCACCCUAAGUCUGGACACCAGCCUGGGCACAGUGCUGCACAUUCCCCUUUAUUUUCACUCUACUCCUUUCAAGCAGGGAGAGGUGAUCUUUGAAGCAGAACGGGAGUGUGGACGUCCUUGCCCUCUUAGAUUGUCUGAAACAGGACGUUCAGAGUGGCAACGUUCCCUCCUCCCAGACUUCUUCACAUCCUCUUGGGCUACAGACAGCAAGCUGGCUGCUGAGCUCUGCUCUCGCUGGCAGAACCACAAAGACAAACUCCCUUGCAGGUGGCCAAGACUCCCUGUGGAGACGUCCCUCCCUCUGGACUUUGGUGCUACACCUGUUAAUGAGAGCAAGGUGAAGACAUUCACACUGAAGAAUCCCUCCUCUUCCGUGGUUUCUGUCGAGGUUCGAUGCCUCUCCUUGUACCCUGCCCCACUUGAGGCUCUGGGCCUCCUAAACAAAUGGUUUAAUAUCAGCCCGGUUUCUGUCAACAUCAACAGUACAGAGUUCUCUCUGUUGGCCUCUCCCUCAAAGGGGGGAGAGACUGUGGAGGAUCUAACAGGAGAGGGUGUUGUCCGUCUGCUGCUGCAGCCCUGGGAAGCUAGAGAAGUUGCUGUGGUGUUUACUCCGUCUGAACACAAACCCAGCUCUACCAUCCUCAUCAUUAGAAACAACCUGACGGUGUUUGACAUGAUGACGGUGCAGGGCCAUGGGGCCAAAGAGCUGCUGAGAGUCGGAGGCAAACUUCCCGGCCCAGGAGCAUCUCUGCGCUUCAACGUUCCUCAGUCGACUCUCAUGGAGUGUCGAGACGGCCUGCGCACCAACAAGCCGCUCUUCGCUAUCAGGAAGAGUUUCAAGGUGGAGAAUGCAGGAGAGCUUCCUCUGACCGUCAUGUCCAUGAAUAUAAAUGGAUACAAGUGCCAGGGGUUUGGAUUUGAGGUCCUGCAGUGUCGCCCCUUCAGCCUUGAACACAACAGCUCCUCUGAGAUCACCAUCGCUUUUACCCCAGAUUUCACCUCAUCCUGGGUGAUCCGGGACCUCACCCUGGUGACAUCACGCGGCACCUCUUUCCCAUUCACGCUGAAUGUGACGCUGCCGCACCACAUGUUGCCCCUCUGCGCUCAGGUGGUCCCAGGUCCCAGCUGGGAGGAGACUUUCUGGGUGGUCACACUGAUCUUCACAUGCUUCUCCCUGUUUGGCGUGUGUCUGAUGGCUUUCCAUCAGGCCCAGUAUAUCCUCAAUGAGUUUUCCACUCCCAGCAUCAGGAGCAACCACAACUCUGUCCUGUCACGGGAUAACGGGCCCGUCAAUAACAUCACACCCAACGGAGUGAAUAAAACUAAGGGCAGUUGUAAGAGCUACGUGGACACUGGGCACACCUCAGACAAAGGUAAGGGGCGGGGCUCUCCUGCCUUGGCGAACAGCCCUGCCCCACGUCCUCAGUCUUCAAAGAAAGGAUCAUCCAUCACCCCGUCCCAGUCCCAGAAGAAACACAAGGUUUCCCUCUAUUACACCAAAUACAAGUCCAGCUCGUCCGCCGCAGCAGCUGAAGCUGUCAUGGUGGAUGAAGAGCAUGAAGACUUAACGCCAGACCCUCCCCUGACCCCAGACCUUGAUAUCUGCAACAACAACGAGCCAGCGUUCAUCAGUGAGCUGGACAAAAAGAUACCUGCAGACUUUAAAGAGGAGCCCCACAUCACUAUAGAAGAGAGAGUGCCAGCAGCAGUUAUGUUUCCCAUGGAAAUGCCUGCUGGUUUCCCAGAUAACGUCACUUUAAGUCCGGGACCCAGACCAGGCCUGUUGGUGUGCAGUCCCAUCGUUAAAAGCUGCACCCAGCACUAUGCAGAGAAGAUUGACUCUGAGAAAAGGGACAGUGCUGAAAUGGAGUGUAGAGAAAAUGAAAAAGGGCAGAAGAAGAAGGCACAGAGUGCAGAGACUGGCACUGUAUCAGGAAACAAUAAGGGAAAGAGGAGCCGCAGGAAGACAGAAAAUGCCUCCAGUGCUCCUGAGCACAAUGUGGUCCUGAUGCCAGAGAGGGAGAAAGAACCUGAAUGGAAAACAGGGGACCACAGCAUCAGUGGAACCCGCAACAGGAACCGCUGCUGCAACGGCUCCAAGCCAGAAGCACCAAAGCCGGGACAGUGCAUCGAGAGCCCCCUCAAACAGAACGCAGGUGUGUGUCCUGCUCGCACUCGGCGAAAGUGUCCCACAGAGCGCAGAGGAGGUGCAGUGUGCGAGUCUGGCUCAGACUCGGGCAGCUCAUCAGGCAGCGUGAGGGCCAGCAGAGGGAGCUGGGGUAGCUGGAGCAGCGCCAGCAGCAUGGAGGGCGACAAAGACCCAAAUGCCCGGACACACGCUUGCACUACCUCAUCUAGAAAAAGGGAAUCCAUGCAGUACGGUGUCUACCCAUCAGAGCGAGACUGCUACCAGAACAUGAAUAUAAACUACAAGGCUCACAGCAUGAAUAUCUUGUACCGUAAAGAGGUUUGCCAAAGCCCAGAUCCUGUAGCCCCCAGCUUUGCACCAAGUUUUGCUGCAGUUGCUGCAGGAGUGGACAGGAACACAGACCUGACAGGUCAGUAUUUGCCUGAAGAGACGUGGUCCGCUCCAUCCAUCCCGCUCACCAAUGAGUUCAGAUACAACCCCCCUGAAGCUCUGCCCUACAUACCUCAGCCAGCAACCCCCGCGCCAUACAAUGGGUUUACUUGGAGUGCCAACAACCAUUGCAACAAUCCCUACACCUACUGUGAGGAAAACUACAUAGGUAAUGGAACAUUUUCAAGUGGUUAUCCCGGUCAAGAGGGCCAGAAUGCACACUGCAGCCAGACCAGCUGGAGUGAGGAACAGCCUCAGGAAUCGCCCUCAGCCUGGGAAACCGCAGCCUGUGUGGGCAGCAAGCCAUACUUCUCGGGGACCCGCAGCCUCUCCCCCAUGUCCAGCCUGUUUGGAUCCAUCUGGACCCCUCAGAGCGAGCCCUACCAGAGCCACCACUUCCAACCCGAGCGAUCCGCCCCGAUCUCCCCCGUGUCCCCCAUCACUCCCCCUCACUCUCCCUUCACCCGGGAGCCGGAGGGGAGGUGCGCCCCCAUCCAAUAUUCUGGCUUCAACCCGUUCGGCCCGCACAUGAACCUGGACAUCUGGAACUCUUCCUCCAACCGCAGCUCCAACUCACAGCUCUCCAACGACUCUGGCUACUGUGGAGACGUUUAAAAUAAGAUAAAACAUGGCAGACCUUAACAAUGAGUGCAAACAUAUAAAACAUUGAUAUGUAAAAGAAAGGAAAUAAAAAUGAAUGUUCUUUUAUCAUUAA